CAUUUCUAAAAUAACCGCCACAAGCAAACAAGUCGUCCGGAAAUCCUGUUGAUGGUAUACAUUCGUAGUCUCUUGGGGAGGUGUUGUAGUAUAUGUCAGAUGUUGAGGUACUGUGUGCAGUUGGUUGGUUGGGAGGACGAGGCCUCGGGGACCGCUCAAGCGCUCAACGGCUCAACGGGGGCACGUGCAGUCGCGGGGCCAACGCACAGUGGAACCGAAGAGUCGGCCCCUGCGACGUUCCGUCCGCUCGUCUGCGACCAUUCGCCAAGCUCGCCCGAGUCGCCGUCGGCGGACACGUCUCCCAGCUUCAGAACGUCGCAUGCAUAGAUCUGGAAGGUCUGUGACGGGACAACGGGGGCUGCGCGAAUGACUGGACAUGUCCGCGGAAUCCGUCGGACACAACUAUAUACUUGGUUUCCUCGCUUACUGCAGCUAUUCAUGGCCUGAACCUUGCGUCCUUCCUCCAUGUCCCACUGCCACCGUGCCCUCCAGCACAACGACGUCCUGCAUGAGGUCUUCACCUGGCUCACGCCCCCACUCCUCCGCGGCGACCUCUCGCCCGAGGAGGAAGAGAUCAGACACAACGCGAGACAUGACCUCACCAACAUCGCCCGGGUGUGCAAGGCCUUCUCGGAGCACGCGCUCGAUGCGCUCUGGAGGGAGCUCGACGACCUACUUCCCGUCAUGCAACUCUUGACCGAGUCUCACGACUUUGACGGGGACGGCACAGCGGUGGGCGGACUUGCGGGGGGUCAGGACGUAUCGCUUAUCUCUGAGAACGAGUGGAUGCGCUUCCGGCACUAUGCCAGAAGAGUUCGCGUCAUCCGCUCGUCUGGCUUCGGGACGUUCGAAGCGUCCAUGCUGCUGCACCUCGCUCGCCGCAACGCAGACAAGGCCCUCUUCCCGCGUCUGCGGUGUCUGACGCAUACGGUCAGAUCGAAUCUCGACACCGGCCUGCUGUCGCUAGUGACACCGACGCUCGAGGAGGCCAAGCUCGAGUUCUGCGGCGAGACUUGGUACGGACUCGACACGGAAGAGUCGCCCGCCAUCGCACGCAAGCUGCGGGACUAUGCCGUACAGUUCUGUCUGAGUACGGUAUGUUCGAAUGCGCCAGAGCUCCAGCAGCUCACCAUCACCGGCCUGGGUCGCAUCUCUUCGCUUUCCCCGCUCGUUGCGUGCAAUCGCCUCCGGCGACUGCACGUCCAUGACGUCGUGCUUAGUCCGCGAUCGCUCCGCACCCUGGUCUCCCUGGAUAGUCUGCACGAGCUGGACAUGUCCUUCGAGCGCACAAACUGCGACCCGUCUGGUGCUGGCUUGGCUAGCCUGCAGAGGCUAUCGCUCUCCGGACCGAUGUGCCAAAUGCCCACCAUCCUCGACACCGUGUCGUCCACCCACGUCCGUGCAGUGCGCAUCUCGGACGCCUCCAACAAAGCGACCUACCAAGAAUGCACAGAGUGCAUCCAGGCCAUCUCCAAGUUCCCCCUCCUCGACUCGUUCCACCUCGCCGCCGACAACGUGUCCGUCGACGACGACGUCCCCACUAGCGUCCCGCUCACCGGGCUGCUCGCACCGCUCCUCCCGCAACGUCGCCUGCGCACGCUCUCCGUGAGCCGCUGGCAGCCCGGCGGGUUCAUACUCGGCGACGACGACGUCGAGACGCUCGCCUCCGCCUGGCCCGACAUCGUCUCGCUCGCCCUCGCCGUAAACCGCGCCGAUGUCGUCCCCACCCUGCACUCGCUCGUCGUCCUCGCGCGCGCGUGUCCGGCCCUCCGCGCACUCGAGCUCCCCUCGAUCACGAUCGCCUCCGCGGAGCAGCUCCGCCUUCCUGUCGUGCCGCACCGCCUGCGCACCUUCGAGGUCGGCGACCCCGACCGGCGCAUGGAAGACUUCGACGCGGCGGAGGUCGCGCAAUGGCUGUUCGCGCUCUUCCCGCGGAUCAGCAUGCCCGGGGAGAGCGAGGACUAUCCCGAGUUUUUGGCGAGGCUGCUGGGCGAGCUGCAACGUUUGCGGCGCGAGGCCCCGCCGUCGACCGACUCGGCCCGGGGUCUGAGGCAGGGGAGGGAAGCGCUGCUUCCCUUGAGUCGUGCCAGUGACGCCGUGGCCUGGACUCGCGAUCGUACUCUCGCGAUCUCAGUACAUUUGUGCUUCUGUCCGGGAUGGACAGAGUGUAAUCGGGGACGGAGGCGCUUGAGUGCUUUGAGCGCGUGCCUGUGGGUCCGCGGGCGAGUCCCCGUUUUGUGCCUCUCGUUCUGUGGCGGAUGCGCGGCGCAGAUCAUGUUCUUGCCCGGACCUGGACGUGCGCAUUGGGCCACAGAUACGCGAAAAGUGGCGGGCGCGCGGGAUGCAGCGGAAAAGAGGUUCAAUCUGCGCGGGGUCUCCUCCGACGUUUGGACGGCGUGAUGACCGCUCGGCGUUGGCAGGGCUGCUUUGGCUUCGUGGAUUGCCCGAGAAUGGUCGCGGCUCAAUUGAGCGCAAGUCUUGCUGUUAUUGGGAAUACAGUUCGUCUUGUGUCGCCCCUGGAAUCCUCCAUGGACGA